AUGGACGCCUACUUGGUUGCUCGGCAGACUGCGGCCAACUCCAACGAACUCCCUCCCGGCUGGGUCAUCCAGAAUGGACGAGCGAUUCCCUGGUGGUAUAGUCGGACGGGCGUCAUCGUCAAGUGGUCCGUCUUCCUCGGCCUCACGACGCUCUUCGCCGCCUUCCUCGUCAUCGGCUACGUCCACGGCAAGCGUCGCAUGAAGAAGGGCCUUAUCCCGCUUGGCUACCACCGCUGGCUCUUCAGCCGCGCCCAGCUCGCUCGCGUCGACAGCCGCUAUGCCUGGCCCACCGCCUCCUACAACACCUACCGCCCGGAAUACUACAACACCCACCCGAACGCCCCGGCCGGCGGCUAUUAUGGCAUGCAGGGGAUGCCGCCGCCCACCUACGAUCCCAACGCCGCUAGGCCUCCCGUCUACGCGCCCCCCGACGGCGGUUCCAAGGUUGACCCGUCCCAAGAGUACGGCGUCUCGCCGCCCGCCGGGCCGCCCCCGCCACCCGCCGCCGUCGCGGCGAACCAUGCCGGGCAGGCUUACCCGUACAGGUCGCAGUGA